AGCAAAAUAAACAUAGUAACUACUCCGUACUUUGCUUGUUUGCGGCGUUGGCUUGUUGGGAACUGGUAAAAGAGAAUCCGCCAUUGUUUCCCUCUCCGAGAAGCCUCUGUCCAAAACCCUAGAUAUUGAGGUAAUUCCUAUUGCAAAAGUCUCGAGGCAUCAUCUCUUGAAUAUGUUCGUUUCGCUUGUUUUCGAUUCUAGCACUUUCGUUUCCCAGUCUCUGCUCCCAUCCAAUAAUUUCCCGGUUUUCACUUCCAUGUAUUGCUAAAAUGCCCUGGUUUUUAUUCAAGUUCCUCACUCUGCGUAUUUUACAGCACCAUACAAUUCUGCAAGAAACCAAUUCAACUCGGGGAAUUUGAUAGUUUGUUAAACUGUAUCGAGGUUUACAUUUUCGAACGAAUUUGAAUUCGUUAUCUGCAGCUGGAUUUAUUUAGCCUGUUUUUGGAGGAAAAAAAACCAGAUCUUUUGGUCAAGAAAUUAAGGUUGAAGUAUGGCCGGUCAAAGUAGUAGCCAUGGAAAACGUUCUAGUUCUCAGACUCAAUCCGAAUGUGCAGAAAAUAAAAGGAGAAACUCUAAUGGGGGUGAUAAAGAACGUAAAUCCGUUGGUUCGGAGGAGACAGUGUAUCGCUACUUGUGCCCCCUAAAGAAGAUAGGAAGUAUCAUUGGAAGAGGAGGCGAAAUUAUUAAGCAAUUAAGGGAAGAAACUAAAUCCAAAAUAAGUAUUGGGGAGACAAGGCCUGAUUGUGAUGAACGUGUAGUCACCAUCUUUGGAUCCAGAGAAGAAAGUAAUAGACUUGAAGGUCUUGAAGAUCCUGUAUGUCCUGCCCAUGAUGCGCUUCUCAAGGUUCAUGAUAGAGUAGCAAAUGAGGGCGUGGCGGAUGAUGUUAAGGACUCUGAUGAAAAACCACAUGUGACUGCUAAGCUUCUCGUACCGUAUGAUCAGAUCGGAUGUAUUAUUGGGAAAGGUGGACAGAUAGUUCAAAGUAUUCGUAGUGAAACGGGUGCCCAGAUUCGUAUUUUGAAGGAUAAGCAUCUGCCUGUAUGUGCUCUUGCAUCUGAUGAACUUGUGCAGAUAUCAGGAGAAAUGCCUGUAGUGAGCAAAGCUCUACAUCAAGUUGCAACUCGCCUUCACAGUAAUCCAUCCCGAUCUCAACACUUGCUUGCUGAUGCAGCUCCUAGUGUUUACCCAUCUCGUCGUGGUUUGCUGAUGGGUCCUGCUCCAGGUGCUCCAAUAGUAAGAUUAGCACCACUACUUGGUCCUUAUGUCAGUUACAAAGAUAAAGGAGGAGAGUGGCCACAGUCUCUUUACAAUGCUCCUAGGCAUGAAUCAUCUUCAACCGAGUUUUCUCUUAGGCUGAUAUGCCCAAAUGUGAAUGUUGGAGGUGUUAUUGGAAAAGGCGGGGCCAUUAUCAACAAAAUCAGGCAAGAAUCUAGGGCAUCCAUUAAAGUGGAUAUCUCAAGUGAUGAAGGAGACGACUGCCUGAUAGUCAUUUCAGCAAAAGAAUCUUUUGAAGAUACUUACUCUCCCACAAUUGAAGCUGCAUUGCUCUUACAACCCAGGUGCAGUGAAAAAGUGGAUAAAGAUUCAGGCCUUAGUUCGUUCACUAUGCGCUUACUUGUACCAAGCUCUUGUAUAGGGUGUCUUAUUGGUAAAGGGGGAUCCAUUAUUAAUGCGCUUAGGAAAAUCACCAAAGCCAACAUUCGCAUCCUUUCAAGGGAAAGCCUUCCCAAGGUUGCUGCUGAAGAUGAUGAGAUGGUCCUGAUUUCUGGAGAGCCUGAUGUAUCUAAGGAUGCACUCAUUCAAGUAACUUCACGCUUGAGGGCCGAUCUUUUUGAGAGGGAGGGUGCAGUAUCUACUUUUGCAACAGUUCCUUCAUAUCUUCCAAUGCCAAUAGAUGUCUCUGAUAGCUUAACAAAGUAUGAAAGCAGAGAUUCUAGAAUGCAUGGUCGUGGACUUUCUUAUUCUUCUGGUUAUAAUAGCGCGAGUGACUUGCCUUGCAUGGAUGGUUAUGGAAGCUAUUCUAGUUUUCAGAGGAGCACCAUCGGCAGCCCUCGAUAUGGAGCAUAUGAUGGAUAUUCUCUGGGCCGUUCAGUUGGGUUGUCUGAACCAAGCUCUGCAUUACAUCAAAAGAGUUAUGGUUUCUAAAGGAUUCUGACUGGACUUGCAGCUGAGAUAACUGAAAGCUUGAGAAGCCACAGACAGCCCCACAGCCUUGUUUGACGAAGCUUCCUCUUUAUCUUAACCAGAAGACCAGAUGAAUGAGGGAAUCGCAUGUGCCUAUCUAUAUCUGAAGACCAUAUAUCUCAAGAGAUUACCUUACUAAUCUAAAUCAGUGUCCAUAUUUCCAUUUUUCAAUCUUUGAUCUCAUGAACCUAUUGGACCUGGCAAGCCUAUCACCAUUCUUACCUUAUUUGGUUUUCAUUGUAUUAGAUUUAGAUGUGUCCAUCACCCAUCUAAGGUUGAGGGAGUUUUAUGAAUUUUGCCCAGAAUUUUUGUGUUUUUUGUAUUAGUUAUCACUACUACAAUGGGUAUUUUUGUAAUCCUGAGUUGUGGUUUACAUCUAUUAGCAGGUUGACUGGAACUUG